AUGCACCGUCGUCUCUUGGGAAAAUUGAAGCUUCCGGCACUCACCAAGCGGAAGGCUCGGCCAGCAUGGCCCGAAGAACCCCUCGACCUUGGUACUGAUGCCAAUGCUGGCUUCUUCCCUGCUCAGCUGGGCACUGUGCUGCAUUCAUCUUAUACCGUGGUGCGUAAAUUGGGAUUCGGCCAACAUUCCAGUGUUUGGAUGGCGAACGAUUCUAGGGCCCAGUGUGGCGUUGCUAUUAAGAUCUUGACCGCCCACGCCACUCUCAUGCAAGGAUCCGUCGCCUGCGAGCUCCCCAUCCUGCGGCUCGUUGCGAAGGCUCAGGGUCAUUCAGAUACCGAAACGCAUCUCAUUAAAUUCAAGGAUACGUUUAAUGUUCAAAGCUGUCAUGGCGAGCACCUGUGUCUUGUUACGGAAGUCUUAGGCAGUUCCUUUAAGGCCUUCUGCGUGCAUCUGGAGGCAAAGUUCCCAUUCCCGUCGCAAAGGAGAUCACACAUCAGCUUCUCAUUGCUGCGAGGAACUUGCAUGCUCUUGGUAUUGUCCAUACAGGCCGUUCCAGAUAUCAAGUUCGACAACAUGCUGGCUGUUAUCGAUGACAUCGAGUCUUUUCUCUCACACCAGGCCAAGUCUUCACCGCCUCAAAUUGAAACACUUGAUGUGUCUGCCUUCCCUGUCCCGCCGGUCAUAUCACAGCCGCUGUCAACUGCACGAGAUCUUUCGGACAAUUGUUCCAUCCCGAUUUUCAAGUUGACUGAUUUUGGUACUAGUGCUUUUGUCGAUGGAUAUCACUCAGACAUUAUCCAGCCUGUUGCUCUUCGUGCUCCAGAAGUUGUCAUAGGAUGUGGAUGGGAUAAGAAGGCGGACAUUUGGAGUGUUGGGUGCUUGGUUUUCGAAAUGCUAACUGGUAACUGGCUGUUUAAUCCAAGACCAGUCGGAUCAUGGUCGGCAGAUGCAUAG